CCGAGUAAUGGAGUUUAGAGGAAUUUUCACAGGUUCGCCGCGCCGCUGCUUCCUCGUUCACCUCGCUAUCGCUGACGAGGCACGAGGGCAUGGCUCCACUCACACAUCGUGAACACCGCUAGUCGGUAAUGCCUAUGUCUGAGAAGUAGCCCUACCACACCAGUAAGACAACGUCCUCGUCUGUUGUUGGAGUGUAUGCGUGCAAGGUGUGUGUUUUUUCUAUUUGAGAUAGCUGCCAAGGAGCGGUAUUCACCUAAUCCGACUUGUUUGCCUCGAAUUUCACCUGAGACUUGGCAAAGAUGGAGGAAGAGGGAGAGAGGGGAGGGAAGGCUUCGCCCCCUCCAGCGAAUUUAUGGGAUAUGGAGGAUAGGGUUAGACAAUCCAUUGGACGUUGCUAUGAUGAGGGGGUGUUUUCGGUCGAACGAAACAUGGGGGAGGUGGUUGAGGAUGAGAGGGGGAGGAGGUUCAGGGUAAAUGAAUCGCUGGAUGCGAUUAAAGAGAAAUGGUUGAAAGAAAGGACUGUGAUUAUCAUUUUCCAAGAUGAGGCCAGGAACUUGACUCGGGGAGUAAAAGAGGAUUUGAUCCGAUCCUUCGAGGACGGUUGGCUGGCGAGACGUCUGUUCAAUGCUGAGAUCAGGAGAGGGCGUGUAAAGUUUGAAGGUCCGAACGUCGUUUCCUAUGUGGCGAAGGCAAGGGAGGUGGCCUCAUGGCUCGUUCAGAAACAAUCCUCCGUGCUAAAGCUGGCGGGCAAGGACUAUCCUGUGACCUUCAAGCCUUGGAUGACCAAAUCAGAGUUGAAGGAGCUCAGACUGCGAGAUGCGGAAUCGAACUUCUGGAUCGUUGCACUUAGGGUGCCACUGGACGCUAUGUACUACUUACCUAGUGCGGUGGAGGGUUUAAUUGGGGUUGUUAAACAGAUGCACGCGCCUGAAGCUGACAGUUCUAGGCCUAAGUUAAUGAACGUAAAAAUUGCCAUGGAAUCUCAGGCCCGGUUCAGAGUCGAAGACACUCUUAUCAUCGAAUCCCCGAAGGGCGAAUGGUGGAAGGUGGAAGUGGCCACUCCGUACUCUGAUUGGUGCAGGAAGUGUCGAUGGUACUUCCAUACGGAGGAUAAUUGCCCUCGUCAGGGACCAGAUAGAGGUCCGAGGAGACAAUGGAACUCCAAUCAGGUGCAGCAUCGCGAUGCCAAUCAACCUCAGCAACGAGAUCCAGCUUCAACAGUCCAGAGGGGGUCUGAUCACCCAUUGACUACGGAGGUGAGGCCAGAUUCAUGUCCUCAAGCAUCGCAGGCAUUGAGGGGCUCGGGGGUAAUCGGAGAUCGGGAGACUGCCCGCCCGUCACAAGGGGUUGCCACGUCAGCAUUGCCGGAGUGGCAGGCCGCGCAGACUCUAGAUCAAAGUGUCCUUGCCCAGUACCCACAUAUCCAAGCGAAUCCCACUUUCUCUCCGGCCCCCCACAAUCAGUUGCACGUGCCCCAGGCUGCUAAUCACCUUCUCCCCCCUCCUCUAGAUCGCUCCUUGAUGCCUGGCUGGAAUAAUCUGGACGGGUGGUCUUCGCAUAAUCCUUCAGCACUGCCCCCCUCUCAAUGGCAGGGAACACCUGGACAUCACCUGGGCCACUAUGAUUAUAACUUCCACCCCGUGCAGCAACACAACCCCAACCCCAGUCUCUAUCCCCAAGGUACUAGGAGUAUCUAUGCCCCCCCUCCACUCUAUGGUAUCCCUCCCCUUCACCACUAUCAAUCCCAUGGCAUGGAGUAUGGUGCCCCUCAUUUCGGUCAAGGGGGAGGAGGAGGUGGAUCGCGACAGUUAUCGGGAGCUCCAUCCAGAGGGGAACACUCCGCCCACAGACAUGGUCCUUCGAGGCUCCGCCUUGAUCAUAGACAGGGGUACUUGCAGGAGGUGGCAGGAGACCAGAGGGGACAACAAGAGAGUGUGCAAGGGUACUACGAUGAGAGAGGACACUCGCGGCAGUGUCGGGGCCCCCAUGGGAGUCAGGUUCCGUCAUCACCUGCGUCAUCUGCAUCGAAAGUGCAGAUGGGUAGCGAGUUGGUUGGAGAUGUCCUCCCAGGAAUGCAGGAGGGAGUAUUACGAACGGAGGGAUCCGAAUCGUCCACGGGAAGUUCAUCAGGCACAAGGAGGGGUAGAGGUUCCUCAGCGCUCAGACAAGACAGAGGCACUAGGGCCGCUACUAUUAGGAGGGAGCAACGGGACAAUCUGAUUAGGAAGGUAGUACCAUUAGUCUGCUCGAUUACCAGCGCAGGAGCCAUCUUCCUAGGUAGGUCACAAGCUGAUGGCCUUCCCUACGUCCCCUCUGCAGACACGGAUAGUUCCCCAAACCCGAAGGAGAUCAUCACUCAUACAAAGAUGUUGUAUGGGGACUCCUUCCCCGUCAGGAUACUCCCGAAGUCUCUUAUGAUCAAUUUAGUGGUCCUUUUCGAUGACAAGGUUUUAAAAUUUUAUUUUCCGAUUCUAGAUGCGAGAAUUGAUACAGGCACAGCAGAUGCCUUGGCAGCAAACGGCGUUAGAUGGUUCCAGUUGGAUGGGGUGAGAGAGAGGAAUAGACCAGAGUUAGAAACCAUCUCAGUAGUUGCUGGCAUCUCCGCUCUGAUCCUGUUAGAGCUCAACCAAAAUCUGUCGGUGGAAGUCAACCUCCACUCCAGUUUUUUGAUCGAUUCCCUUGCAGCCCAAUGGACGCUUCUGCCUGUCAUACCGAAAGCAGAACGGUUAGUCAUUACAGGAGACUGUAAUGUAUCGUUGGAUGAAGCCUUGACGGAGGGGUCUCGCACUGCUGGUAGGGGGGAUGCAAAAGCUCUGUUGGAUCUUAUGCAGGAGAUAGCCCUGACAGACCCUUUUCGCUCGUUGAAUCCUGCUGAUCCCAGGUUCAUAUGGUUUUCCAACAUCAGACGGGAUAGGGGUGAUGUGACUCGCAGGCGGUUGGAUUACUUCCUUACCACCACUGCGCUGUCUCAGGGCAUAACAACGAUCAAAACUGUGAUGCACCCGAUGUCGGACCACCGCCCGGUGCUGGCUAAAGUAGUCCUCUCUCCAGCUGUGGUUCGGGGUAGAGGCUAUUUCAAGCUAAACUCUUUAAAUCUCAAGGAUCCCGGGCUGAAACGGUGGGUAGAAGAGCACAUGGAAUCCUGGAAUUCAGCAAGGCAGUUCUUUCCAUCUACAGCUGAGUGGUUUGAUGGUGGGCUGGCGAUCAUAUCUGGCAUGAUGAGCAUCAGUUCAAGGAUCCUGGCCAAGGGAAGAAAUGCAGAGGAUGAGAAGUGCAGAAAGAGGGUGGAGGAAGCGGAAAGGAGAUUGGAAGCCCACCCGAUCUCAAAACUGGUCUGGGCAGCAGAAAGGGAGCGGAGAAUGGCAGAAUGGGAGGGCCUGCAGGCUUCGAAACAGGCUGCCUGGGAAGAGUUCCUCAGCAUCAAAGGAAUUGUGGUUCAGGACCGUCUCACGAAGGAGACUUUCAGGAGACUUUUACCGAGCAGCUCGUUUCAACAUGUGGUUGAGCUGAAACACCCGUUCGAUACCGCUCUACCCGAUGUCGAGACGGCGGGUGAUAUGUUGGAAUAUGCACGCCUGUACUACGCUGAUAUCCUGACAUCACGAAAGGGCUUCAGCACAACAUCCUCAGAUUUAUCUCAGGAGUCAGAUAUGUGGAACGACACAGAGGUUCUUCUAACCAAUGAGGAGAGACUAGCAUUGGACCGUCCGGUAACAGUGGAGGAGCUGAGUUAGACAGUGAAGGAGAUGGCAUCGGGAAAGUGCCCGGGGAUUGACGGUCUGACUGUCGA